CCAGUUUGUAUCAGGUAAUUGCGAGGAAGAAUUCCAGUUUGUAUCAGGUAAAGCUUUUUGCUUGACGCGACCAUGAGGUUUUUAUGCACGACCUUCUCCUGCAUGCUCUCAGUAGAUCACUGUCUCUUCCUGUUGCUGAGCAUGAGAAAUGCGAACAUUUGAAAAACAGGUACUGCUACUGAAAAACGUCGUUACUGACCUGCGGGGGAGACGCAAUUCUCCGGUAUAGAAGUUGUUUUGCUGCACCCAAGCGCAUAUCAAAUGUAAAAGUGUCUGGGUCUGGAAGAUUCUGGGACUUGUGAUGCAUGUUUUGCAUGACCCAGGACGUCUAUAAUGCACGCCCUAGCAUCACAGAUUUUUAGAGGGCUUCCUGAUGCCUACUCCGCAUGACAAACGCCCUCCCCGCGUAGCACAAACGAGACUCCUCUUGCUGGUCAUGCAAUACAGAGUUUCUUAGAGUCCGAAGUUAGCAUCACAAGUUCCACUUUUCCAGACCCAGACAUUUUUGCAUUUGAUAGCGCAUUUGUCCACAACUGAAUCGGCGCGUGGAAUGGCGGUUCUGAACAUUUGGAAAGAGCUAUCAGCAACCGAUCUUCGUCGUGCAUUCAAAUAAACAUCAAAAAUCAAACAGGUACAGUACCUUACCCUAGUACCAUCGGGUAACUACUUGCAGACGAAAAAACAGACACGAAGUAGAGUUGUAUAUUGCGAGAACCCCAGCGUCAGAAGAGGAACAAGAAAAGCUAGAAGAGAGAAUUUCACUAUGUCUCAGGCAUACUAUAAUUUGGGUUGACACCGACACGCAUGAGGUUUUUAUGCACGUGCAUACUCUCAGUCUCAGUAGAUCCGGUCUUCCUGCGCAUGAGAAAUGCGAAAACUAUGAAAACAGGUCAUGAAGAAAAACGUCGCUACCUACCUGCGGGGGAGACGCAGCGAGACGGAAAAACCUAUGGUGUGACGGACAAGUAGUGGGGAGAUGAAGAUUGGCUUCUGCACUUCUGGAGGAUGUUGAGUGGGAACAGCCGAGCCGGAAUUUCUGCUACUUGUCAGCACUCAUUGAACUCCAUUUGUACGAUGCAUUGCUACUCUGUCAAAUAAGAAUUGCCACGCAACUGUCACUAUGUUUCGAAAAUCAAAAUGUACCUUACAAAGUCUGAAAUUAAUAACAGUUUCUAUAAAAAAACAAAUAACGUACACUAUGACCAUGUACCAAAUAUGACGAAUUUACAAAAUUUUGUUUCUCUUACUACACCUUGCUUUUAUCACGAUGCCAAAUAAAAAAUGGACACUACACCUUUGUUUACAACUGUAAAAAGCUGACUUCAUCCUUGAUGCAAGAUAUC